AUGACUGUCUAUGCAUCAAUACGACCCAUUUUCAUUACUGUUCUAUUGCGCACUGGAACGUGUACGCCAACGCCACCACUUCAAUCCCGACUGCUCAUUCCACCGACAAUCCUAAUUCUAUAUUCCCAAUCUCCUCCGAUACCCCUGACUGCAAUUUCAAAUGCCAUGAUCCUCCCGCGCGGUACGAAACAUGAAUCGAAAACGACGCAACUCGCGCUCCGAAUUUUCUUCAUUCGGCGUCCCGCCUCGAUCAUUGCGUCUUCCCUCGCGCUCUCUUACGUUGCUUCCUAUGGAUAUUGCUCACUGUCCCCUGUAUCCCCGCACCCAGGCGCGCGCGAAGCUUCGUUGAUGGGGGUGGGUUUGAAGCCGUACAGUAAUCAUUCUGCACUAUACCUUUCCUCUGCCCAGAUACGAGGCGGUCUGUCCGGAUCCUCCGCGCCGAGUAGUCCGUUCGAUUCGCCACCGCUUACGCCAAUGGUUCGCACAAUGAAUGUCAUUGUUCCCUUUGAUCCUACGGACGACGGGGGUGGCAACAAGGGCGCUGCGAAGCGAGAGGAGCGAGUGUGCCCUAUUGUACGUUUUGGAGGGUGUCUGGCGCUACCUGAGACAGUAUUCGCGCUAGAACCUUCUAACCCGCUGCAGACACUUGGAAGGACAGAACCUCGUUCGACGUUUGUUUCCCGCGACCCCAUCCCCGCGCAGAGCGUUGCACGUGUGUGGGUCCAAGAUACAACUGGUACUCUUCACUCGCCUUCCAAUCCCGUUCCAUCCCCCACGAUCAUGCAAGGGAAGGGGUUAUCUGGGUAUGGGAGCAGAACGCUGGUGAACGAACUCAGCGAGCCGCUUGUUUGCACCCAGACUCCUGCUGCUCGUGCAAGCGCGGCACAGACGUCAUUUUAUUCCGUCGACAAAAUAUCCGCGGGGCGCGGAAUCAAAGAUGCAGAUGACCGCGAAUGCUUCGUAUAUGCAACGCGUCUUGUAGACGUUCCGACAUGGCGUACGAUGCGCCGCGAAGGUAGCGGCCUUAGCAGGUAUACGAUCACUCAAGAGUUAAUGCACAGUUUCAACAGUGCGAACACGAAGCGUGGAGAGACAUUCCUCUCGAUCACGUAUCACUUCGUUCCAAUCUCACAGUAUGGCAUGCAUUCGUCGACGCUCUCUACACUCUCACCGCUGGAUAUGCGUAUAAUCAACUACGGACAUGGUCAUGCCCAUAGCUCGGUCUCUCCCGUAUCUAGUAGUUCCUCAUCACCUCUCAGCGCAAGUCCUUCUUCAAUGGUGCCUUACUCCCUGCACACCCGACAAGUAUCGAGGAUGCAUAGUUAUGGCCAAGGGACAUAUGCGCCCCACGACCACAUGUACUCUCAAUCUCAAGCAUCCAGACGAGUACCGGAGCUUUCUGUGGUGCCGUCACUUCCUUCCAUCUCCCAAUCGGAGAAUCUGAUGAACUCCUUCAAUCACGACACAUAUUAUACUUCUCCUGGCAACCCCGCAUCCGGAUCGUUCUCUGGUUGCAAUAUCGACUUCAAUGGUCUGGAUAUGGUUCGGGUCAUUACUGGCAAUUUUGUCGAGUCUUCCCUUGUUGUGGCUGCAUGCUUCGGCUUCGUUCCGCUAUGGUCGCGGUCAGCUUCGUGUGAGGUUAACGGCGAUCGCAACAGAUACCGCGGCUCUUCUCGUCCUGCGCAAUAG